UUCACUGCCACAUUGUUUCAGCUCGUCAGGUCCACCACUACCAGGGAAAGAUGGAUAAUUUCACAGAAGAUUUUGGUACUUCCACCAGUGUCACAAUACCAACAGACUAUGAUGACUACCUGAGUAGUACUGACAUCACCCAUGACUUCGAUGAACUGGAGAACACCAUAUGCGACAGGAGGUGGGUCCGUCAAUUCCGAGGAUACUACGAGCCCCCACUGUUUUGGAUGAUCUUUGCCCUGGGCAUGCUUGGUAACCUUCUGGUGGUGUGGAUCUAUACAACUGUCCACAACCGGCUGAAAACCAUGACUGACAUGUAUUUGCUCAACCUGGCCAUAGCUGACCUGCUCUUCCUGGUCACGCUGCCCUUCUGGGCUAUCGAUGCCCAGAGUGGCUGGAUCUUCGCCGACGGGUUCUGCAAGGUGAUGUCCGCCUUGUACAAGAUCAACUUCUUUGCCACCAUGCUGCUGCUGACCUGCAUCAGCGUGGACCGCUACGUGGCCAUCGUCCACGUCACAGAGGCCCACAACCAGAGCAAGCGGGUCAGACUAAUGCAGAGCAAGCUGGCCUGCCUGGUGGUCUGGCUGGCCUCCUGCGUUCUGGCCAUGCCCGAGUUCAUCUUCGCCAAGGUGAAGACGGACCCGUCGGGGCCGUCGUUCUGCACGCUGGUGUACUGGAACAAUGAGCAGAACCGCACCAAGGUUCUGGUGCUGUCGCUGCAGAUCUGCAUGGGCUUCUGCAUCCCGCUGCUGGUCAUGGCCUGCUGCUACUCCGUCAUCAUCCGGAAGCUUCUCCAGGCUCGCAACUUCGAGAAGCACAAGGCCCUGCGCGUCAUCUUCGCCGUGGUGGCUGUGUUUGUCAUCUCCCAGUUGCCAUACAACGCUCACCUGGUGGUGGAGGCAGGCCAGGCCAACAACGCCACCAUGACCGACUGCGACACGCUGAUCAGCUUCGACGUGAUCGGCCAAGUGGUGAAGAGCAUGGCCUACACACACUGCUGCAUCAAUCCCUUCCUCUACGCGUUCAUUGGCGUGCGUUUCCGGAAGGAUCUCCUCAAGCUGCUGCACAAGGUCACCUGUGGAAACCUGACGGGACCAACAAUGCCACCCAAGCGGCCUUCCAUCAUGUCAGACACAGACACCACCCCAGCGCUGUCCCUCUAAACUCACCAGAGACUCAUGUUCAGAGCAGCUUUUACAGUAAGUUCAGAGUAAAUCGACGUUCAGAGAGGUUCCUUGAUGCCAAAGCCUCAGGAGGUUACAUCUCCACUUCCAGUACUUCCAGUCGUCCUACAAAUCUCUUAGAGAGCAUAGAGGGACAGUUCUAGGCAGUACCUUUUAGGCAUACUUGAUGGAGCUACUGUGUAUUGUAUUGUUAGACCCUGCCCUCUGAUAGCAGUGACUUCAGAUGUUGAAUGGGCUCCAGAUGGGCUCAAUAUGAGAGGGGAGUGUAGCUAGCUAGCCUAGCGUACAACACUGGAUUCUUUGUUGUACUCUUGAAACUGUUGUACAUAAAUUAAUUCUGUUUUUUCUCUAAUGUGGAAAGUUCUCUGACCUAUUGUCAAAUGUUCUUUUUGAAUUGAGUUUUAUAACUGUCUGGUUGUACAUACGUGUCAAUGUAAAUAAACAAUUUUUUGGACUAA